CCUGUGGUCUGCUUGUAUCUACUCACCAUUCAUUUUCUUGCUUCUUUUCCAGUUGAGUGUUGACACCAGGACCUAUUCCUUGUAAAGUAUUUUAUAAUCUCUACAGGGCUCAGUCUUUAACAUGGCAAUAGCUUCUUUGCGUCACGGAGUAACCAUCGCUGGAGCUAUCCUGCUGGUGACAGGAACACUGUGCUUUGCUUGGUGGAGCGACGGUGAAAUGGGGGUCACUGCACCCAGCAGUGACUCCAAAGUCACACCUCAAGGAGAAACGGAACUUAUGACCAGGGCUUCCUCUUCCAGUCCUGUACUCAGAUCAAUCAGCUUCUUCUGUUGUGGAAUUGGUGGGCUGCUUCUUGUGUUUGGACUCCUUUGGUCAGCCAAUGCUGGAAUAAUUUCCCGGCACUACCAGUACCAUUUUCCCAGUGACCUUCAGUACUCCACAGUCGAACCUCUUGAGAAACAGACAUGCAGCACCUGGGAGGCCACCAGUAUUCCCACUUAUGAGGAGGCUUUGAAUUGUCAGCCGGCUGAAAAUGCCUCCAGCGACAUGCAGUCUCAGAUUUCAAAGGAGAUUCAGCUGCCCUUAUAUCAGGUGGCGGAUGAAAAUCACAAAGGGCAGGGCAGCCGAAGACGCAGUUCCUCUGACGGGGUUUUGUUUCGGAACAUACCACCCAAGCCAAGCUUAGCGUCACGAGAUGAAGCUAUCAUUGUCUGCGACACUCCACCCCCAAGCUAUGAGAGCAUAGGCUUGGGUGAUGGAUGAUCCAGGCAUCUUUUAUAGCACUGUGUAGGAAUUUCUGGAUUGCUGUAGACAUUUGUUUUCCUUUCAUUAAUUGU